UCCUUUCCGGUACCCUUCGAACGACGCAAUUACGUAAGAAGGGGUCCGUUUCCGGCGUCGAUUAGAUAGCGGUGAGAGACUGAAAAGGCAGAGAAAGAAACCAGUUUUUAAGGAGUGUGUCGUUAAGAGAAACGUUUCUGUCCCAAGCUACGACAUUAAAUGUAAAUUUACGAUGUUCCGAUGUUAACUUUAUUGAAAUAUAUCUUUUGCUAACAUGCUAUUUUACAAGCUGUGUUUCAGAUAACUUCGGUUACCGGAAGAGAACGACCUACUCUUCCGUUGUUAAACAGUUUUCAACGAAGAUCGAGACUAACAUUUUGUAGCCGUUGCAAAAUCAACGCGCGUCCUUAAUAUAAGUCGAGGUCUUCGUAGCAGCCGCUGCCAGAUCAAUAUUUAACACACAAUGUACGCACGACCGACAUGCGAGGUCUCUUCAAGAUAAAAGGCGCGAAACGAUGGCCCUGUAGCGAUUAAAACAGCUGACACUUACACGCCCGUUUAGAUACCGCGCCGAAUCUCGAGUACACAUUUACAAUAAAUUAUUUUAUUUAUUUAAGGUUGAUGGAUUCUACGCCAAACGCUCAUGUACGAGCGAUUCAUGUGGAAACCUUCGACAUGAAUUGCUCGAUAACAGUUUUCUCUCUGAUGUAUGUACACGUACGAAUGGUGACUGUGUAAAUGUGAAUGAACGAUGACUGAAACAGGUAUGCGUUUUGAAUGUACAAUUCAAUUAUAGCGAAUUUUGAUUAACUAGCUGCUUAGAGAAGUCGGAUAAUCAAAAUCUCACCUCCCCGAAAAAGCGAUUAAAAGUAUUUAUUUACAAAAUUGUUUCUUAUUUUCUUCUUCUAUUUCAAGCUUUGACACAUAUUUUCCAUAUGUAAAUAGUAGAUUAUCAUACAUGCUACACUAUCACAAUGCGUCAUCGUUCUAUUCGCUAUCUCAAAUAUUAGUUUUGGUAGUCGAGAAACUGUAUAACAUUGAACGUUUAUUUAUUAACCAUUUCAUUUGAUUUUCGAGUGAACAUUUCAAGGAGUUACGGAUAAUUUUAAGUUGAUAACAAUGGUAUAAAAUUUUCGCAUCCAUGACCGUAAUUGCGUUAAAAGGUAACGAAAAGCCCUUGAAUGUUUAUUCGCUACUAUUCGUACGAUUCUCACCUUGGUUGUUAUCAUCUCAUUAUCUAAACGCGUAAAAAGAAGCUCACGAAAGGCAGUUUACACCCUUGUAAAACUGUUUCGUCCAAUCAAUCCGACCAUUAAGAUUAAAGGAAUACAUUGGUUGUUUUCAGAUUCGAUAAAUUGCUGUGUCGCUACAAUAGACACAUUAAUCACACUCAAGUGCAAUUAUCCAGUAAUUACAAAUGGAAUUGGCAUCUAAUUGCAACAAAAACCUUACAUUGACGACGAUCUUAUCUCCUGAAAAAUAGGAACGUGUCCUUCGUCGAACACGUCCAUACUUUCCAUGCUGAACGAUUAUUUAUACGCUACACUUAAAUGUUGCAAAACGUGCUAAACCUAACGGAAUAAGGAUAAUUCAGGAAUAAUAGGAAAGUAUGGGCAACCCGCAUAUACACGAGUAUCAUCCAUAGUAUCCUUAUAUAGCAUGAUGUCAUAACACGGUUAACAAAAUGGAUAGUCUGCUAUUAUUUCUAAUUACGGCAAUUAUAAGAUGCAGAAAUCGUUUGGAACAAGGUUACAUUGAUCGUCCAAUCUUUCAGGAUGAAUUACAGAAGUUUCAUUCAAAACACUGAGAGAUGGUUCAUUGAACAGUUCCUCGAAGAAACAUCGGAUAGUACCUAUACCCUCGACGAUACUCUACCACCACAGUCUUCAGCUUAGGACGAUCCUUGACCAAAGGUGAUCUAUCGAUUUCUCGUUAUACAUCCUGCAUCGUCGGGGAUUAAUUCGGUGCCAUCUUAGUAUCGAGACCGAUCUAAUCAACGCGUCGUACCCUUUUUAAACAAGGAAGAAAAAAGCAAAGGGAAAAACGGAAACGAGAAAUCACCGAACAAUACCCGGAGUCAGAUAACAACACGGAGAGGCGACGAUGUACGUAGGUGGGGAAGAAGAGACACGAUGUGGAAUAAAUAGUGGCCUGAAAUCGAGCGGAAUUCAGUCGCACCGCUGUUCUACCAUCGUCGUUCGUGUUUUCUAUUCACGAGGAACUGAUCAGAGGUCAUCGUGAAGUGAUCUAGUCCUACGGACAACAGUAAGGAUAGGUACUGAUCGAUAAGCGUACCGGCAAGGUGAUACUCCCUGUUCGACUUGCCGGAUAGUCGGUCCGCUUCGAACGCUGCGUUCGAAUUCAUGUUCCUGUCGUCGUAGUCGAAGGAUGAUGCUACAAGUGUUGCUCCUGCUGGCUCGGACGCUGCUCGUCGACGCGUUUUUUUUCGGCUUCCUACCGAGCGUCCCGAAAGACGAAGGCAGACAGGAGUUCAACGUUUACUGGAACGUGCCUACCUUUAUGUGCCAUAAGUACGGGAUGCAUUUCGAGGAGGUGUCGGAGAAAUAUGGGAUCCGACAGAACACGAUGGAUCAGUUUCGCGGCGAUCAGAUCGCGAUCCUUUACGAUCCUGGAAUGUUCCCGGCGUUGAUGAAGGAUUCGAUGGGAAACCUAGUGGAGAGAAACGGCGGUGUCCCUCAGGAAGGCAACCUUACCAAGCAUCUCGAAGUGUUUCGAGAACAUCUGAUCAAUCAGAUCCCCGACGAGUCGUUCAACGGUGUUGGAGUAAUCGAUUUCGAGAGUUGGAGACCGAUCUUCCGGCAGAAUUGGGCUUCCCUUCAGCCGUACAAGAAACUCUCCAUAGACAUCGUACGCCGGGAGCAUCCGUUCUGGGACAGUGGUAGCGUCGAGCAGGAAGCGAAACGCAAAUUUGAAAAGUACGGGAAACUUUUUAUGGAGGAGACGUUGAAAGCUGCCAAGGAGAACCGACCGUCCGCCAGUUGGGGCUACUAUGCUUACCCUUAUUGCUACAAUCUGACACCGAAUCAACCUAGUUCGCAAUGCGAUAGCACCACGGUCCAGGAGAACGAUAAGCUGACAUGGCUGUUCGAGCUGGAGGAUAUUCUUCUACCCUCGGUCUACUUGAGACUGAGCCUGACUAGCAGUCAAAGAGUUGGUCUAGUCGCGGGCAGAGUAAAGGAAGCCUUGAGAAUAGCGAAGCAAACGACGAUCAGGAAAAAGGUCCUUCCCUAUUAUUGGUACAAGUAUCAGGAUCAAAGGGAUACCUAUUUGAAUAAGGCUGAUCUCGAGGCCACUUUACGAAAGAUCUGGGAUCUCGGCGCGGACGGUCUGGUGAUUUGGGGAAGCUCUAACGACAUCAACAGCAAGCAAAAGUGUCUGCAGUUCAGGGAAUACGUGAACAACGAUCUGGGACCCGCGGUCAAUCGUGUUAGACAAACCGUCACGAACCCAAGCCAGUAUAGUAACAAUUUUACAGACAAUCAAGUGGACGUGAGCGUCGAUCAGGUUUGACGGUGACAAAGAAGCUAGGAGAGAGAAAUUGUAAAGGGAGAUGGUUUAGUUUGUUAGGUGUACGAUUACCAUAAGUGACGUACACGACGGCAGUUGUUCGACCUUCGAAAUAGAAAGACGUUGAACGCAAGGUGUGCUACGAAAACCAAAGACUAGUCGAGACGUUUCAGAGAAAUAAAUUUCCUAUCAAAUUGUCGCCUUAUUAAUUCUUACUUGUCGCGAGAUCAGGUGGGGCGAUUCUGGCUGAAAGUAGAAUAAGAUUCGCCCGAUGUAGAUCGGUACUGGAAGGGAACCGGGAGAAACUGGCGAUCGGAGAGCUUUGAGGAGGAAGAGUGCGGCGCUUUAGCACUAGCAUAUACGACAAGUUUUACUGGUUCGAGGUGUAAGGCCUCGGGCGAUCUUGCUUUUUACAGAGUACACGCGACGUCGUUGUAGAGGUAGUCAAAGAUCUCUCUUGCUUACCGUUCAUUCCUCCCCUCUACAUCUUGUUCCGUGACUGAUCCUUUCUCUUUCUGUUUCCACCGGGAUACCUGGAUAAACUCGGAGAAGGAGAAAGAUAGAGAACGGAACGAGAACGGCGCGGAAC